AUGGUGCGAGCUCAUGAAGAAUACAAGAGUACUUUUAAAACUACUUUCCAAUAUGAGCAUGUGUGGAGAAUCGUGAAAGAUAGUCCUAUGUAUGCUCCUCAAUCCUCAGAUCGACAGGCAAUAAAAAAAGCAAGAACAUCAGAAUCAUCAGGUGCACAUACUGACUCUUCUAAUCCUAAUACAACUGCUGAUAUAGAUGAUAGAGAAAUCCGAUUUCGUCCAAUGGGACAGAAGGCAGCAAAGAGGAAAGGUAAAGAAAGAGUAGACCUACUUGAUGAAUUGAAUCAGGCUAUGCAACAAUCAAUGGCGCAGUUGGAAGAGUAUAAUAACAAUAAGAAAGUUGAUCAACUCAUCCAAGCACAUCAACUCCUCGUAAUGGACACACGAGGCAUGACUGAUGAACAACUUCAAAAUCAUCUAGCGAUAUGUGAACAACUGAAGAAAAAAUUGAACAUGUAG